UUGGCUUCCUGGUAGGAAAUUCAUCAGGGCCCGGCGGCGGCAGCGAGACCUGGCAAGCGCGGGCGGCCCCUAGCGGCCUCACCUCCUGAGCCGCAUGAAGAGGCGGCGGCGCAGGCCCCGGGAGGCCCUGGCCCCGGCCACCUGGGGAGGAGCCUCUAGCGCUGCAGUAAGGGCCGCGCUGGAGGCGCCUGAGGAGAAGGUGGUGUACACGCUGGGGCAUCAGCCCCCCGAGGCCCGCGUCCGGACGCGCCGGCCAGCUGCCAGGAGGAGGCGCCACGGAUCUCGGACGGUCGUGGUCGGCCAGAGGAAGGUGCCGCCCCCGCCGCCGCUGUCCCGCGAGGACAGCAGCCUCCGCAAGCCCGCGGCCCCCGCGCCCUGCUCCGGGGGCCGCAGCCUGAGAGAGAGAGGAGAGGAGAGUGGGAGGAGAGGAGAGAGAGAGGAGAGUGGGAGGGCGGCCACCCCGACGCUGACCACCUUGCCCACCAUCCCCGUAGUCGGCGACGUGUGGGUCGAGAGCAGCCUGGCAGAAGCGCAGCGCCAAGCGUGCCAAGUCCUGGGAGUGAACCUGGCACCCGUGGUGAGACUCUGCCGCUUCCCAUUGCCUGGGCGUGAGAUGCGGGCCAGCGCGCGACCUCUCAGCCAUGGGACGGGUUGUGCCUGGAGGGAUGAACCAGUGAGAGCCGGGCCCGCGUUCCCUAGUGCACUUUACGGGCGAAGAAGCACCAGACAGUCCCGGCCCGCGCCUCCGGGAUGCAGCGCCGCCUUCUGGGACUCUGGGGAGGCUGUGCCCUCUGCUGCCUCCCAGCCCCGGGUCUGUGGAGGGAGGAGACCCCUGGACCACAAGGGAGGUCACCUUUUUUCCUAA